AUUGGCCCUGGGGGCAAGUCAGACCUGCCCCCAAUUGACGGCCCCACAGACAUGGACCGGGGCCCCAUCCUGCCAGUGCCACUGGGGAUCCGGCCGGUGCUGAGUAAAUACAGAGUGGAGGUCUUGUUUUGGGGGCUCAGGGAUCUGAAGAGAGUGAACCUGGCCCAGGUGGACCGGCCCCGUGUGGACAUUGAGUGUGCCGGGAAGGGGGUCCAGUCAGCCCUCAUCCAGAACUACAAGAAAAACCCCAACUUCAGCACUUUGGUCAAGUGGUUCGAAGUGGACCUCCCGGAGAAUGAGCUGCUCCAUCCACCCCUCAACAUCCGGGUAGUGGACUGCCGGGCUUUUGGGCGUUACACCCUGGUGGGGUCCCAUGCCGUCAGCUCCCUCCGAAAGUUCAUCUACCGCCCACCAGAUAAGAAAGCCCAGCACUGGAAUAUGACAGCUAAACACCUCAACGGCUAUCUGGCAAUGGCCAACAGGGCCCAUCGCUCUCGCCCCACAGGGGAGAUCGUUGUCAAUAUGGAACCUGAGGUUCCCAUCAAGAAGAUGGAGACGAUGGUGAAGCUGGAAGCUAACUCCGACGCAGUGGUGAAGGUGGACGUGUCUGAGGAGGAGAAGGAGAAAAAGAAAAAGAAGAAGAAAGGAGGAGGAGGCGAGGAAAUAGAAGAGGAGGAGCCGGACGAGAGCAUGCUGGACUGGUGGUCCAAGUACUUUGCUUCAAUCGAGACGAUGAAGGAGCAACUCCGACAGCAGGAAGCAGCCGCAGCAGAAGCGGAGGAGAAGGAAGAAAUGGAGAUUGCAGAGGGCUCCAAGGGUCAGGCGAAGAACAAGGAGAAGUCCAAGGCACCCAAAGAUGAUAAGAAAAAGAAGCAACAGUCAGCCCCUGAGCUUCCCGAGAAGAAGAACAAGCAGAAAAUUGAUGAACUGAAGGUCUUCAACAAAGAGCUGGAAACAGAGUUUGAUAACUUUGAGGACUGGCUACACACCUUCAACCUGCUCCGUGGGAAGAUUGGGGACAACGACGACAAUGCAACAGAGGAGGAGCGGAUCGUGGGGAGGUUCAAAGGCUCCAUCUGUGUCUACAAAGUGCCGCUCCCUGAUGAUAUCACCAAGGAGGCAGGAUACGACCCCAAUUUCGGCAUGUUCCAGGGGAUCCCCAGCAACGACCCCAUCAAUGUACUGGUCCGAGUCUAUAUUGUGCGGGCCACAGACCUUCACCCAGCUGACAUCAAUGGGAAAGCCGACCCCUAUAUUGCCAUCAAGCUGGGGAAGACGGACAUCAAAGACAAGGAGAACUACAUCUCCAAGCAGCUGAACCCUGUCUUCGGGAAAUCCUUUGACAUCGAGGCCACUUUCCCCAUGGAGUCCAUGCUGACAGUGGCGGUGUACGACUGGGACUUGGUGGGGACUGACGACCUCAUUGGAGAGACCAAGAUUGAUCUGGAGAACCGCUACUACAGCAAGCACCGAGCUACUUGUGGGGUGUCACAGACUUACUCCAUACAUGGUUAUAACACCUGGCGUGACCCCAUGAAGCCCUCCCAAAUCCUGUCCAAGCUGUGCAAAGAGGGCAAGGUGGACGGGCCGCACUUUGGGCCAGGAGGAAGAGUGAAAGUUGCCAACAGGGUCUUCACCGGCCCCACGGAGAUUGAGGAUGAAAAUGGUCAGAAGAAGCAGACGGAUGAACACCUAGCCUUGGCUGUGCUGCGCCACUGGGAGGACAUCCCGCGGGCAGGCUGCAAGCUGGUCCCCGAGCACGUGGAGACGCGGCCGCUGCUGGGAGCUGACUGUACUUCUCCAACCUUGCAGGGUCGCCUGGAGAUGUGGGUGGACAUGUUCCCCAUGGACAUGCCAGCGCCCGGCCCCGCCACUGAUAUUUCCCCCAGGAAACCAAAGAAAUAUGAGCUUAGAGUGAUAGUGUGGAACACAGACGAGGUCAUCCUGGAGGACGAUGACUACUUCACUGGCGAGAAAUCCAGUGACAUUUUUGUCAGGGGGUGGCUGAAGGGUCAGCAGGAGGACAAGCAAGACACGGAUGUCCAUUACCACUCGCUUACUGGUGAAGGCAACUUCAACUGGCGCUACAUCUUCCCCUUUGACUACCUGAUGGCGGAGGAGAAGAUCGUCAUCUCCAAGAAGGAGUCCAUGUUCUCCUGGGAUGAGACCGAGUACAAGAUCCCAGCUCGCCUCACCCUGCAGGUCUGGGAUGCUGACCACUUCUCAGCCGAUGAUUUCCUCG